CUUGAACAUAAUUUUUUUUUUUGAGGAAAAAUUAAAGUGCCAGAGUGAAAGCCAGAAUGGCAUCCAGAGAGAGGCUCUUUGAACUUUGGAUGCUUUAUUGUACAAAGAAAGAUCCAGAUUACCUGAAGCUAUGGUUGGACAAUUUUGUAUCUAGCUAUGAACAAUUCUUAGAUGUUGACUUUGAAAAACUGCCCACCAGGGUAGAUGAUGUGCCUCCAGGAAUAUCUCUGCUUCCUGACAAUAUUCUACAGGUUCUGAGGAUCCAGCUACUACACUGUGUUCAGAAAAUGGCAGAUGGGUUAGAGGAACAACAGCAAGCCUUAUCAGUUUUGCUUGUCAAAUUCUUCAUUAUUCUUUGCAGAAAUCUAUCUAAUGUGGAAGAAAUUGGGACUUGCUCUUACAUUAAUCAUGUCAUCACAAUGACAACAUUUUAUAUCCAGCAAUUAAAAAGCAGAAAAAAAGAGAAGGAAUUGGUAGAUCAGACAUCCAUUGAAGAAUUUGUGAUCCAUGCAUUGGCAUUUUGUGAAAGUUUGUAUGAUCCAUAUCGAAAUUGGAGACAUAGAAUUUCAGGACGAAUCCUUAGUACGGUGGAAAAGAGCAGACAAAAAUGUAAGCCAGCUUCUCUCACUGUGGAGUUCGUUCCUUUCUUUUAUCAGUGUUUUCAGGAAAGUGAACAUCUCAAGGAAAGCCUUAAGUGUUGUUUAUUGCAUCUUUUUGGAGCCAUUAUAGCUGGUGGGCAGAGGAAUGCUUUGCAAGCAAUUUCUCCAGCCACCAUGGAAGUUCUUAUGAGAGUUUUGGCAGAUUGUGAUUCCUGGGAGGAUGGAAAUCCUGAAGAAGUGAGUAGGAAGGUAGAACUGACUCUGAAGUGCCUUACGGAAGUGGUACAUAUCCUUCUCACUAGCAGUUCUGACCAGCGUCAAGUGGAAACCAGCACUAUACUGGAGAACUAUUUUAAAUUACUAAAUUCAGAUCAUUCAGCUUUACCUAAUCAAAGGAGGUCCAGAGAGUGGGAAAGCCGGUUCAUAGCUCUACAGAUUAAAAUGCUGAAUACCAUCACAGCCAUGUUAGACUGCACAGAUAGGCCUGUUCUUCAGGCCAUUUUUCUUAACAGUAAUUGCUUUGAACAUCUCAUACGACUGCUACAGAAUUGCAAGCUAUUUUUAAAUGCUAACAAUAAGGUGGCAGACAAGAACGAGAAAGACCUUGCCAACAAAUUACUGACAGAAAUAAAUGAGGACCAGGCAUUUCAGGGGCAGUUGGAUUGUUUGGCUGUAUCAACCAUUCAGGCUUUGACAGCAGUAAUGAACAAAUCUCCAGCUGCUAAGGAAGUAUUUAAAGAAAGAAUUGGUUAUACACAUAUGUUUGAAGUAUUAAAAUCCUUGGGUCAGCCAUCAUUGGAACUACUUAAAGAACUUAUGAAUAUGGCUGUAGAGGGUGAUCACACUUCAGUUGGGAUUUUGGGCAUUAGUAAUGUCCAGCCUCUCUUGCUUCUUAUCCAGUGGCUUCCUGAGCUAGAAUCCCAAGACAUGCAGAUCUUCAUCUCUGACUGGCUGAAAAGAAUUUGUUGUAUUAAUAGACAGAGUCGAACUACUUGUGUCAAUACAAACAUGGGAAUUAGAAUCAUUGAAACUCUUGAUUCCCAUUCUUCCCUUCAUCGAAUUUGUGCUGAGAAUCUGAUUGCUCUACAUGGUUCCUUGGGGAGUCAGUCAGUGAGCUCAGAAGAAAUCCGUCGACUACUAAGAUUGCUGAGAGUGGAUGAAUCUGAGUAUAUUCAUCCUUAUACUACUUCUGUGACUCGAGCAAUCCUGACAAUGGCCCGAAAACAAAGUCUAGAGAGUGCACUGCAAUAUUUCAAUUUGUCACAUAGUAUGGCAGGAAUUUCUGUGCCUUCCAUACAGAAAUGGCCAGGGUCUGCCUUUUCCUUCAAUGCUUGGUUUUGCUUAGAUCAGGAUCAGUUGACUCUUGGCAGUGCUAACAAAGGAGGAAAAAGAAAACAGUUGUACAGCUUUUUUACAGGAAGUGGCAUGGGUUUUGAAGCUUUUAUUACCCAUUCAGGUAUGUUGGUUGUGGCAGUGUGCACGAAAAGAGAAUAUGCAACAGUUAUGCUUCCUGACCACAGUUUCUGUGAUUCCCUCUGGCACAACAUAACCAUUGUUCACAUGCCUGGAAAAAGGCCCUUUGGUCAGAGCCUUGUCUAUAUCUAUGACAAUGGACAGCAGAAGGUCUCUGCCCCUCUCAGAUUUCCUGCCAUGAAUGAACCUUUUAUUUCUUGCUGCAUUGGUUCAGCUGGGCAAAGAACCACCACUCCUCCACCAUCCCAAAUCCCAGAUCCACCUUUUUCUUCUCCCAUUACCCCUCAUCGGACAUCAUUUGGUGGAAUUCUGUCAUCAGCCUCCUGGGGAGGAACAAUUGAAAAAUCAAAAUUGAUUACCAAAUUGAUAUCAGCGGGAACCCAAGACAGUGAAUGGGGAUGUCCCACAUCUCUGGAGGGUCAGCUAGGCUCUGUUAUCAUCUUCUAUGAAGCACUACAGCCUCCUCAGGUGAAGGCAUUAUAUUUAGCAGGUCCAAACUGUUUAAGCCCUUGGAAAUUUCAAGAGUCUGACAUGGCCGACCUUCCUGGUAAUAUCCUUCUUCACUACACUGCAAAGGCCUGCAAAAAUUCAAUCUGUCUUGAUUUAUCUACUAAUUGUUUGCAUGGAAGAUUAACAGGAAACAAAGUAGUGAACUGGGACAUUAAGGACAUCAUAAACUGCAUAGGUGGAUUAAAUGUAUUCUUUCCUCUAUUGGAACAAAUUAGCCACUUCAGUGAAGAACAGAUUCCAGAAGGAAUGAACGAAACAACAGUUUCUGAAUGGAAAACACCUGUAGAAGGAGAUUGGGUGGUAUCCACCUCCACAAAGACAUCAGAGUCAAGACUAGAGAGAAGUUUAGUUGCAACAUUUAUCUUGAUUGUGAAACACUUUAUUCAAAGACAUCCUAUUAACCAGGACAAUCUUAUUCACUCCCAUGGAGUUGCCACUCUUGGUGCCUUACUUCAGAAGAUGCCAAGCACCUUGAUGGAUGUUAAUGUAUUGAUGGCAAUUCAAUUACUAAUUGAACAGGUAUCAUUAGAGAAAAAUACGCAGCUCCUGCAACAAAUGUAUCAAUAUUUACUUUUUGACUUUCGUAUUUGGAACCGUGGAGAUUUUCCCUUUCGAAUCGGUCAUAUACAGUAUCUUUCCACCAUCAUCAAAGACAGCAGGAGAGUUUUCCGAAAGAAGUAUGGUGUGCAGUUUCUCCUAGAUACACUUAGGAUUUAUUAUGGGAGUGAUUAUAAAUAUAGUGAGCUGUCUCUAGAUGAUAUUCGAACAAUAAGGACUUCUUUAUAUGGACUAAUUAAAUAUUUUCUGUGCAAAGGUGGAACUCAUGAAGAGAUACAAAGUAUUAUGGGUUACAUAGCUGCUAUUAAUGAAGAAGAACAGCUCUUUGGAAUUUUGGAUAUACUCUUUAGUCUUCUGCGUACCAGCCCAACUAGAGGUCAGCUUUUCUUACUGCUGUUUGAACCAGGAAAUGCUGACAUACUUUAUGCCUUGCUCUUAAAUCAGAAGUACUCUGACGGACUAAAAGAAAUAAUUUUUAAGGUUAUAGAACAAAUGUUGAAAUGCACAAAUGUUUAUGAACGAAGUAAACAACGUAUUCGACUCAGAGAAGUUGGCUACUCAGGAUUGGGACUCCUUCUGAAUGAAGCACCUGUUAAUACUUCUAUCAUUAAAAACCUCACCAAUCAAAUCAUAAAUACAGAUCCUGCUAUUAAUUUCAAAGAUCUAUUAUCUGUGGUAUAUAUAUCUCACAGAACAUAUAUAAAUGUCAGGGUGGUCAUCUGCAGAAAGAUUUUACAGAUUUUACAGUCCCAGCCAGAUGCAUCACAUCAAAUAUCUCAACAAGUGGGUUGGCAAGACACUUUAGUUAGACUUUUUUUAAAAACAAAUUUUGAAAAUGGAAAUAUUCUUCAUAAACACAAUAGGCCUGUUUUAAUGAAAGACACUGAUAAAACUAUACCAGCUGAAGAUAUUAAGAGGAACUUUUAUGAAAAGACAGAUGAUGAAAAAAUCAACUCUUUUGCCUCAGCUAAUGUGCCUUCCGAUCAGUGGAGUUUGGAGGAUAGACACUCUCUAGAUUCAAACACACCAUUAUUUCAAGAAGACAGCUCUGUGGGAGAAUUGUCUUUCAAAUCAGAGAAUCAGGAAGAAUUCUGGCACAGUAAUCCUUCACAUUUGAGUUUAGAUUUUGGUGGAAUUGACUCAUGUGAACUGAGUGAUGGUGGCAGUCAAAUGCCAGAUAGUUUACCUAGCACGCCAUCCCCAAUAGAGUCUACUAAAUCAUUUUCUGUGCAAUCUGACAAAGAAAGCAGCGCCACAAAUGAUAUGGGCUUUAGUGAUGACUUCUCUUUACUUGAAAGCCAAGAGAGAUAUGAGGAGGAGCUUCUUCAGUUACUGACAACUAUUUUGAUCUAUGUAAUGUGUAAAGGACUAGAAAAGUCUGAUGAUGGUACUUGGAUUGAACGGGGACAAGUGUUUUCAGCACUAACUAAAACAGGAAUAUCCAGUGAGCUACUUCGACCAUCAGAGGAGAUAAAACUAAUUUUGCUGCAGAAGAUGUUACAAUGGACAGUCACAGAAAACAGAGAAGCAAAAACUAAUCCAGUAACUGCUGAAAAUGCCUUCCGACUCAUGCUCAUCAUACAGGACUUUCUGCAAUCAGAGGGACUAGUUAAUUCAGACACGUGGACUGAGAAGCUUUUAGAAGAUAUGAUGUUGCUCUUCGACUGUCUGUCAGUUUGGUAUUCUGAAAGUCCAUUAUGGGCAAAACUCUCUCAAAUUCAAAUCCAGUUGCUUCUAGGAUUUAUUGGAAGGGGUAAUUUGCAGGUUUGUGCAGUGGCAUCAGCUAAGCUAAACACCAUUCUACAGACCAAAGUGAUUGAAAAUCAAGAUGAAGCAUGUUAUAUUUUAGGGAAGCUAGAACAUGUUCUAAGUCAAUCAAUCAAGGAACAGACAGAAAUCUACUCAUUUCUGAUUCCCCUUGUUCGUACCCUGGUUUCCAAAAUUUAUGAGCUUCUCUUCAUGAACUUGCACCUGCCUUCUUUACCUUUUACCAAUGGUAGUUCCUCAUUUUUUGAAGAUUUUCAAGAAUAUUGCAGUUCAAAUGAAUGGCAAGUUUACAUUGAAAAAUAUAUUAUACCUUAUAUGAAGCAAUAUGAAACCCAUACAUUUUAUGAUGGUCAUGAGAACAUGGCACUUUAUUGGAAGGACUGUUAUGAAGCCUUAAUGGUGAAUAUGCAUAAAAGAGACCGGGAAGGAGGAGAAAGUAAACUCAAGUUUCAGGAAUUUUUUGUGGAGCCGUUUAAUCGAAAAGCACGCCAAGAGAACUUGAGGUAUAAUAAUAUGCUUAAACAGCUGAACAGUCAACAGUUAGCCACUCUGAGACAUUGGAAGGCAAUACAAGUCUACCUAACAUGUGAAAGGGGACCGUGGGCUGAAAGGAAACAAAAUCCAAUUCACUGGAAACUGGCUAAUGUAGAAAAUUAUUCCCGUAUGAGACUUAAAUUGGUACCGAAUUAUAACUUCAAAACUCAUGAUGAAGCUAGUGCUUUGAGAGAUAAUCUAGGUGUCCAACACUCACAGCCUUCCAGUGAUUCACUGCUUUUGGAAGUAGUGAAACAAGUAAAAGUUAGUGAUAUGGAGGAAGAUAAGUUAGAUCUUUCUGAAGAAGAAAUUACAGCCAGAGUAAAUAUUGAUGAAAAUAAAGAACAGGAUCAAAAAGAAAAGUUGGUGUUCUCAGUAGACUGUGAACUCAUUACAAUAAUUGACAUAAUUCCUGGCAGAUUAGAAAUCACUACUCAACACAUUUACUUCUAUGAUGGCAGCAUUGAAAAAGAAGACGGAGUAGGCUUUGAUUUCAAGUGGCCUCAUUCUCAAGUUCGAGAGAUUCACCUGCGGCGUUACAAUUUAAGGAGGUCUGCCCUUGAGAUUUUUCAUGUUGAUCAAUCCAACUACUUUCUCAAUUUCAAAAAAGAGGUUAGAAACAAAGUGUAUAGCAGACUAUUGUCGUUUCAUUCUCCAAAUAGUUAUGGAACCAGGUCACCACAGGAGUUAUUCAAAGCAUCAGGAUUGACACAGAAAUGGGUGAAUAGAGAGAUAUCAAAUUUUGACUACCUCAUUCAAAUAAAUACAAUGGCAGGACGAACCUAUAAUGACCUUGCACAGUAUCCUGUGUUCCCCUGGAUUUUACAAGAUUAUACUUCAGAAGAGUUGGACUUUAAUAACCCAUCUGUAUUUCGAGAUCUUUCCAAGCCAAUUGGGGUAGUUAAUGAUAAAAAUGCCAAAACCAUGCAAGAAAAAUACGAAAAUUUUGAGGAUCCUAUGGGAACUAUUGAUAAAUUUCAUUAUGGUACUCACUAUUCAAAUUCUGCUGGGGUUAUGCACUAUCUUAUUCGUACAGAACCAUUCACUACCCUCCACAUCCAGCUUCAAAGUGGAAGGUUUGAUUGUGCAGAUCGACAAUUCCAUUCCAUCCCUGCUACCUGGCAGGCGCUCAUGGACAAUCCAAAUGAUGUGAAGGAACUUAUUCCUGAAUUCUUCUAUUUUCCAGAGUUUUUGGAAAAUCAAAAUCAAUUUAACUUGGGUCGUCUACAAGCUUCCAAAGAACUAGUAAAUGAUGUCAUUCUCCCCAAAUGGGCUAAGUCAGCGGAAGAUUUCAUCUAUAAACAUAGGAAAGCUCUGGAAUCUGAAUAUGUUUCUGCUCAUCUUCAUGAAUGGAUAGACCUGAUUUUUGGUUAUAAACAGAGGGGGCCAGCUGCAGUGGAGGCACUCAAUGUUUUCUAUUACUGCAGUUAUGAAGGAGCUGUGGAUCUGGAUGCCCUAACAGAUGAGAAGGAAAGAAAAGCCUUAGAAGGAAUGAUUAAUAAUUUUGGACAAACACCUUGUCAACUGUUAAAGGAACCACACCCUCCUAGAUUAUCAGCAGAGGAAGCAGUGCAGAAGCAGACCAAAACCGAGACUUCAACCCUAAACCUAUUUCAACACCUCUCUGAACUCAAGUCAUUUUUUAUAGAGGGAAUUAGUGAUGGUAUUCCACUAAUAAAGGCCAUUGUUCCCAAAAAUCAGUCUCGUUCUUUUAUGUCUCAAGGCAGUCCUGAAUUACUGGUAACAGUGAGCAUGAAUUAUGUUAUUGGAACCCAUGGAUGGCUGCCUUAUGACAGAAACAUUUCUAAUUACUUUACAUUCUUCAAGGAUCAAACUGUGACAAAUCCAAAAACUCAGCGUAGUCUGAAUGGUCCUUUUGCUCCAGGACUGGAGAUUACUUCUAAGCUAUUUAUAGUCUCACAUGAUGCCAAGUUGCUCUUCAGUGCUGGACACUGGGAUAACAGCAUUCAAGUGAUGUCACUUACAAAAGGCAAAAUUAUUUCACACAAUAUCAGACAUAUGGAUAUUGUGACCUGUUUAGCUACAGAUUACUGUGGAAUACAUUUGAUUUCUGGUUCCAGAGAUACUACAUGUAUGAUAUGGCAAAUAACACAACAGGGAGGUGUUCCUGUGGGCUUAGCAUCUAAACCCUUUCAGAUUCUGUACGGACACACUGAUGAGGUAUUAAGUGUCGGCAUCAGCACUGAGCUAGACAUGGCAGUGUCAGGAUCAAAGGAUGGCACUGUGAUUAUACAUACUAUUCAGAAAGGUCAGUACAUGAGGACUUUACGACCACCUUGUGAGAGUUCUCUGCUCCUGACCAUUCCCAAUUUGGCUAUAUCUUGGGAAGGACAUAUUGUCAUCUACUCCAGUUUUGAAGAAAAGACCACCCUCAAGGAUAAGAAUGCAUUGCAUCUAUUUUCUGUAAAUGGAAAGUAUCUAGGAUCUCAAGUCCUGAAGGAGGAACAAGUGUCAGAUAUAUGCAUAAUUGGAGAACACAUUGUCAUGGGUAGUUUACAAGGGUUCCUGUCCAUAAGAGAUCUACACAGUUUGAAUCUCAGCAUCACCCCAUUAGCCAUGAGACUGCCUAUACACUGUGUUUGUGUAACCAAAGAAUACAGCCAUAUUCUGGUAGGAUUAGAAGAUGGCAAAUUGAUUGUAGUGGGUGUUGGCAAGCCAGCUGAGAUGCGUUCGGGUCAGCUUUCUCGAAAAUUGUGGGGAUCUAGUAAGCGGCUCAGUCAGAUUUCAUCUGGAGAAACUGAAUAUAAUACCCAAGAUUUCAAGUGAUUGUUAUUUCCAUCUUCUGUCAUUGGAAUACUUUCAGGAAACUGAGGCAUUUACAAAUGGGAAAACACAUGAGAACUUACUUAUGGGAGAACUUGAAGACCAUGUCAAAGAGGUUGGAAAAAAAGACUGACAUCCCCAAAACAAUGUUCAUGAAAUUUUACAUCUGAAAAGGAAUAUGCAGAUCAUCUGGGAUUUUUAUUUGAGGUAGA